UGGUUUUGCUUUCUCGAUUGUGAAGACUUUGGGCUCCACUCGCUCGCUCACGUAACGUAACGACGGGCUCGAAUGGUGAAGAAGCAUUUCAUCGUUUCCCCACCUGAGGACCGGCUGUAUGAUUAAGUUACAAUCUUCAAUGAGUAAGCAUAUCCCACAGUUCUGUGGUGUUCUGGGUCGCACAUUUAUGGAGUUUCUGAAGGGCAGCGGAGACUACUGCCAGGCUCAGCACGCCGCUUAUGCAGACGAGUGAACGGUCCAACUCCGCAACCGCCCGGAACGCACCUGAGCCUCAGGAGGACGAAGCCACGAGCGGGACGCCUCCCGUAACCAGCGACAACUCGGCCUGGAUGGGGUAACUUGACCCGCUGCGCACCGCCCCACCCCGUCGGCUCCCGCCCGGCCACGAGCAAGGCUCGUUUUGUUGUCCCACCCUCCCCGGCGUACACGCCCGCCUGCCUGACCGCCCGCCCGCCACCCCCUGAGCGGUCGCCCGACCAGACGCCCGCCACCGCCGCCCGGAGGAUCCCCGUCCCUCCACGCCAAACUGUUUACGUUUUGCGUCUCUAGCUCUCCCCUCCCUGUGCCGAAGCCAUCCUGCCUUUUUUUCCCCGCUUCUUUUUUACCUGUCGCUAUGGCGCGCAUGAACAGACCCGCACCGGUGGAAAUCACCUACAAGAACAUGAGGUUUCUCAUCACUCACAACCCCACCAACGCCACCCUCAACAAGUUCAUUGAGGAGCUGAAGAAGUACGGCGUGACCACGGCAGUGAGGGUGUGCGAGGCCACAUAUGACGCCACUCUGGUUGUUAAGGAGGGAAUUCAAGUCCUGGACUGGCCGUUUGACGACGGCGCUCCUCCCUCCAACCAGAUUGUGGACGACUGGCUCAACCUGCUCAAGCUCAAGUUCCGCGAGGAGCCCGGCUGCUGCGUGGCCGUGCACUGCGUGGCGGGCCUCGGCAGAGCUCCCGUCCUGGUCGCCCUCGCCCUCAUUGAGUGCGGCAUGAAGUAUGAAGAUGCUGUGCAGUUCAUUCGGCAGAAGCGUCGCGGCGCGUUCAACAGCAAGCAGCUCUUCUACCUGGAGAAAUAUCGUCCAAAGAUGCGCCUGCGCUUCAAAGAUUCCAACAGCCAUCGCAACAACUGCUGCAUUCAGUAGGACGACAACGACGACAUGUUGCCUUUGUCUCACAGCCCGUAAAUAACAAAACAUCUCAGCAUUUUCUCCAGAUCCAUCUUAAGGUCUAUGUACUACGUAGUACACGCUCUGUCCUCUCGAUUAAGCGCACUAGGAGAAAGGUCCCACCGAUACGGAUUUGUUUUUUUUUAGGCUGAUUCCGAUAUUUAGCGUAUUAAAGUCUGAAAAGAUAUAAUGAAUGAAAUGACACAACUGCAAAGAUGAAUAACAAAUAGCAGAACAUUAUUUGUUUUUACAAUACUUUUCUUUUUUAUUUAUUGCCCUUUACUGUAUAUUUAGCUUUACAACAGGCAGAAGAAAUGGCUAAUUAUUAAUUUUUAAAGAGCUGAUAUUUGCCAAUUAGUUGUAUGGACACCACCGAUUUUUGCCAAUUUGAGUUUUUGCACACUAGGACCACUUUGACCUUUUGAGGCUACUAGCCUUUGACAUGCUAAUUGUCGCGACUGGCGACCUUGUCAGCGCCUCGUGUGUUACCAGUGAGGACAAAGCGCACUAGUACAUGGACCUCAAGCUGGAUUUCAAGGCUAUCAAAUGCUGAAAGGCCUUUCCUUCCUUACCAGUUUGUCCUCACGGCCAUCUUGUCUCAUUAAAAGUCUAGAUUAGCUUCUUUGCUUUUGUUUACUAAUUAAACUGCCACAAUGUGAUUUUGUUUAUUUGUUUUUUCAAACUGGAUACCCGACGUUUGCGCUAUUUUGUACGCCUUCUCAUUUGAUGUCCCUAACUUAACUCUUGGAUACUUGAUCAUUUGAUGUAUUUGAUGAUUAUUCGUUUUCUUGGUUGGCUAUUUAUAUCUUAUCGAUGGACGUGAGUGAUUCAGUUUGUGAGCAGCAAAGUUGUACCUGUUGACCAACUUGUUACGGUUCUAUUAAAGUGACAAACCACCA